AUGCAAUCUCAGUUUUCUCGCAGGAUCUCUGUGAGCAAUUCAGACCCUUAUGAACUCGAGCGUCUAGCUGAAGAGCUCGAAGCACGCGAGGUCUCCGGUUGCGACGGCGAAAACGAACUCACUCGUGGAUUCGAUCUUCCAGCGUAUGUUCCUCUCUCGCACGAUAAUGAGUAUCUCUCUGCGGAAACCUUCGAUGUGGAGAAGUUCCUGCUGUCGCGCGUAUACACGACGUUACCAGAACUUCGAGCAGAACUCAAAGAUUAUCUUUCAUCGUUGAAGGAGGAGCUCGUCCAGCUCAUUAACGAUGAUUAUGAGGACUUUAUUAGCUUGAGCACUGACUUGCGCGGCGAGAAAUCGAGGUUAGAGAGGAUUAAGGCACCAUUGAGUACUUUGAGGCAACGUGUUUUGGUUGCUCGAAAGAGUUUGCAAGACAUUCAAGACGCGGUGCAGGCCAAGUUAACGGCGCGGGCUAAAUUACGGGACGAGAAGGUACUGCUUCAUCUUCUGCUCAAGAUAUCGGAGUCCCUUUCGCGUCUUGAGUCACUUUUGCUCCUUCAAUCCGAGGACGCUCCCGACCACCCUGGGAUGCUCCCGGCCCAUCUGGCUGAAGUUGCCGGGCAUAGUUCGACUGUGAAGACGCAGGGAAGCCGGGGGAAACAUCUCUCGAGAGUUGCGACGGAGUAUAUGCAACUUCUCUAUCAUAUUUCCAAAGCUCGCGCUGAGAAAUGUGCAUACGUUGAUGCUAUUCAGGAGAGGGUAGACCGUGUCCGAAAUACACUCACAUCGGACCUCGAUCAUCUGUUUUCCGCUACAUUACUGUCCAUCACGGAAACCGACAUUGGAAAGGUACAAGGGAUCGAAAGAUCAAAGGCAGCCUCAGAAUUGACAGAAUGUCUGAGAGUCUACGAUAACUUGGGCCUUUGGCGAGCUGCAGAAGAAAUUAUCAGAAAGACCGUUGUCCAGCGCUUUGUCAGGAAGACGGUAUUUCAAGAUACACUGGCUAUUCCUAUUUCACCUAUGGUCCCGCGUACUCCAGUCCCAUCUACCACUCAUGUCCCAACUGGUGCCCAUGUACCCCACACACCCUAUACACCUUACACUGCUAUCUUGCCGACGCAAAGCACUUCCAGCGAUGUUCCUUCGGUAACUUCGUUCCUGGACGGGUAUGACGAUCCACUUGCAAGGCUGUAUAACCAGAUCCUCCGGUUCAUCGAGCGGGACCUCUAUCACAUAAUGGAAAUUGCCGAGCGUGUAUCGCCGAAGGUUUCGGCACGGUCGGUGGAGUCUCCGGGUGACGAGUUCGAAGGUCGCGGCACCGACGGUUUUGACAUAAUGGCCAAUGUCAUUUGGCCCGAAUUUGGACAGGCUAUUAUGAAUGAACUCGGUUCUGUAGUAUUUGCUGCUGGAAAACCUGAUGAAUUUGUGAGACGUCAUGCAUCCACACAGGCAUUCAUUCGCGCCUUAGAAUUCCUGGCUCCAAGCAGGCAAUCCGUGCAAGCCAUGAGAUGUCAUCCCGUUUUUAUUACAUUCAACCGGCGCUGGCAACUGCCUGUUUACUUCCAGCUUCGUUGGAAAGAAAUCGUUGGAGGCGUGGAAGAUAGUUUAAGCGCUACCAUCAUUCAAUCUGGAAGUGCCACAUCUGACUCUGGACGUUCCAUGUUCUUAACGCCACAAGCGCAAAGCAUUUUGACGUCAAUAACGUCGUGCUGGGGUGCAGAUAUUUUUAUCCCGGACUUGGCACCUCGCUUCUGGAAAUUAACGCUGCAGUUACUCAGUAGAUACAAGACAUGGCUAGAUGUCUCCCUCCCAUCAACUGAGCCGUCUUCGAAGCCACCCACUGCUGAGAAGAAGAGUUUCGUUGGCCUGCCGCAACCCCGCGCAUCCACUCCACAGUCCGUUCACGAAAUCUCCGCUGAAAACAGCCUCACAGACGAUCUGCAUUUGAGCCAAUUUGCUACCGUACUGGUCGACAUCAACACGAUGAACGUCCAAGUUCUUACGCUUUGGAGAGAACGGAUCAGUGCUGCUCUCCCAGAACCAACCAUGAACGAUGAUGUAUACGCUGCUUCGGAGGAUGUGCUUCGACAGCAAUUAAGUUCGCUAGGACAGGUCUCCUCACUGCUCGCUUGCAAAGUGAUGGUCCUUCUUUCACGACGUGCUUGCGACGCUCUGCUUCCCGUAAGAUCUAUUCCCUCACAACUCCGAGCGAUGUCAAGCAAACGCGCGCCCACGGAGCCGAGUUACUUCAUCUCGCAAAUAUUGCGACCAGUGAGGGCAUUUUUUGGAAUAGGUACACCAAAUGGUCUCGGAGAGCGCUUGCGGGAAUCUUUGCUCGAUUACGUCGCGAAGGGGGUUUUCGAUAAUGUCUGUCAGAGGUAUAUCCAAUACCUCACAGCCAUGAAGAAAACAGAGGAAUCUUUGCGCCGUUUGAAGAAGGGAAAGAAGACAACGUUUGGGAUCUUUCAGUCAUCUUCCAGCACAAAAGAUGAGGACAGGGACGAGGAGCGCAUCGGAACGCAGAUGAUGCUCGACGUGGAGGCGUUAGGCCAAGACGCACAGGCUCUGAGUCGGGGUCUCCGGGACAUUACAAGUUACGCACAGCUUGUUCAAAUGGUGCAGGCCGAUUUCGGAGAUGGUAGGCAGCGUCCCGCUGAAAAGACAAAUUGGACUCAUGCAUCCACUUAA